GCGGCUGGGCCGGGCUCUCCCGAGCUCUCCGCCUGCCGGGGUCCUCUUUGCUUCCGCUUCCGGCUCUCAGUCACCGGCACGGGCGCCCGAAAGUCCAAGCUGGCGGUGGCGCCGGAGCCCCAGUCCAGAAUUUUAGAGUGAGAGCUGGAAGGGGCUGCAGAGGUCAUCAUUCUUAUUUUCCAGAGGAGACAACAAAGACCCAGAGAGAGGCAGUGAUUCCCCCAAGCCCCUCUCCAGAAAUGGAAGGCCAGAUUCCUUAUGAUGAUUACCCGGUGGUCUUCCUGCCGCCCUAUGAGAACCCCCCUGCCUGGAUUCCUCCUCAUGAGAGGGUCUACCACCCAGACUACAACAAUGAAUUGACCCAGUUCCUGCCUCGGACCAUCACACUGAAGAAGCCCCCGGGAGCCCAGUUGGGAUUUAACAUCCGUGGGGGAAAGGCCUCCCAGCUGGGUAUCUUCAUCUCCAAGGUGAUUCCUGAUUCAGAUGCCCAUCGGGCUGGACUACAGGAAGGAGACCAGGUCCUAGCUGUGAAUGAAGUAGAUUUCCAAGAUAUUGAGCACAGCAAGGCUGUGGAGAUUCUGAAGACAGCUCGGGACAUCAGCAUGCGGGUCCGCUUCUUCCCCUACAGUAUGUUUCUGAGUGACAGACCCUGGGCUCUGGAGCUCAUGGUCCCAGUUCCCUUUGUCAUUGCCAAGGGCCCUGGGUUUUAGGACUCUUUAGCUGCAGAAACUAGGAGGAAGGGGGAGGCCGGCUGUCUGCCCUGCCUGCCUGUAGGUUCUUUCAUUCCCAGAUUACCAUCGCCAGAAGGAGCGGACUGUGCACUAGAAGAUGCCUGACUUUGGAAGCACUGAACCAGACCUCAGCCUGCACUGUCCUAGACUACACUGCACUUUUCCUCAUUUUCUGGGUGGGCUUCAGGCCUAGUAAAGGCAAGGGAACCUCUUUAGGGGGGAAUCAGCAUUGAUCUGAGACAGGGAGCCCAAUGGAAACCUCAACUUCCCUUCUCCACCCCCCCCCAGCUAAAUAAAAGGAAAAUCUGGAUUACUGUU